AUGGCUCAAGGGCGCGCCAAACGACCACAUCAGAAGGUGAAGACGGGGUGUAUGACCUGUAGGAAACGUCGAAUAAAAUGUGACGAGGGAAAGCCUGCGUGUCGACAAUGUACCGACUCGUUGCGCAAAUGCGAAGGCUAUCAACCGCCCCAGACAUGGUUGUUCAAACCUCGAAAGGUGUCGGAAACCAAAGAAGUCACCGAUAAUACAACUACCGCCAUUGUCCAGUUCGUCUCUCCUCUUGAACCCAUCGGCGACUCUGAGGACAGACGUUCUUUCCAAUUUUGGGUCGAACAAGCUGCUCCCGUCUUUUCCUCAUAUUUUGGUCAUUCCUUUUGGGCCGAGCUGUUGCCAAAAAUUGGUGUUGCUCAACCUGCUGUCAAGCAUAUGCUGCUUGCCACCUCAUCUGUCGUCGAGGCGUCCGCCCUUCAAGGUGUCCCCCUCGAAAAGAACUCAGUUUACCAGACCCAUUAUACCAAGGCCAUCCAAGCCACUUGCUCGUCUCCGCAGAUUGAGAGCGUUUUAAUGGCCUGCCUUCUGUUCGCCUGUUGCGAGUUCAUGAAGGGCUCAGUACUACCGGGACUCCGGCAUAUACAGGCUGGCCUGAACAUUAUAGACGAAUGGGUCAAAUCUACCCGAUCUUCAGACCUCCAAAUUUCGCCCGCCGCAAAGUUGAUCAUUCAAGCAAUAGCUCCCAUCUUCCUUGCCUACAUCGACAAGGCGCCGACAUAUGGCAUGGCGGAUCUCCCGAUCAACGAGUGUGCAUGUACCACCCUCAUUAACACCCACGCGGAGUUACCGUGGGUCGAACACUUCACCAAAAUUCACAGAGCCCAUCAUGCCUUGGACGGUAUUGGCCAUCAUAUCGCAAGAAUGAUGGACUACAGGAGAGCGCCCUGGCGACCAUCACCACCACAGAAGGUUCAGAUGUUGCUGGAGUCCUGGCGCAUGCACUUUGAAACAUUCGAAUCGAGUCUGUUCGAUGCCCAAAAGCCAAAGUACGGUUUAGCACUACAGCUGCUCAGAGUUCACUACACGAUGCUGUCCGUGAUGUUGAGAGUGUCGUCGAGCAAGCAGGAGACUGUCUACGAAAAGUACACCGAGGAAUUCAGGUGGAUUGUGGACAAGUACGACAAUUUUGCAGAGAUGUGGGCCAGCGACGAGUCUUCCAAGUUCUUCACCGGUAUGGGAAAUCUCGAAUACCACAUGGGGUAUAUUCCCCCUCUGUUUUUCACAGCUACCAAGUGCCGCGAUCCGGCCACCCGUCUCGCCGCCUUGAAACAUCUCAGCUCUCUGAGGGUGGUUGAGAACAACUGGACGAGUUGUACGGCGUACCUGAUUGCACGAAAGAUUAUCAGGAUCGAAAAUACCCGGGCCAGCAACAACAGACACACUGGUCUCAAAGAUGAGCAUGAUCUCAUCCGGCCGGUGGAAGCAUUCAUUACGGACAAACGAAGUACUCAGGCGGGCCUCAAUUACCUGGCUUUCCCCUACGAUUCCACGCCUUUGUUGCAGGAUACACUUGAUCUACAAAGUUGUCCGUUUGGCCCCUCAGCUCACCAUUAUGCAGAAUUAUCCGCAUUGGAGGAUAUCAAGGAGGUGGUGUAA